AUGAAGACACUUCUUGUUGGACUCCUGCUUGGUCUGGUGUACAUGGACUUGGCCCAGUCCUUACGAUGCUACACGUGCAAGGAACCAACAGACAUUGCUGAGUGCACAAAAGUCACCCUGUGCCCCCCAAAAGCCACCGUGUGCACAACAACUCUGCACUCUGUAGACACAGGUUACCCCUUUUUUGGCAACAUCACUGUGACCAGAAGCUGUGAGGAGGAAUGCAUCUCCUAUAAUGGGAUAGGGGCAUCUAAACCCAAGUCAUGCUGCUACACUGACCUCUGCACUGAGGACGCCAGGAGCAGAAAUGGGGUGGGAAGAAGCUCUGCAGCUCUGGGUCUGAUGACCAUGGUUGUUGGCACAUUCCUCCAUUGCACUCUGUAG